GCGGGGAAAGUUGUGGCAGCUCUCCGUGUGUCUCUCUGUCUCCAAUAGUUUGUUGUGGUAGUGACAGAUGAGCGGUGAGGUGGAUGUUUUCCAUCGCUUUGGACCCUCUACGAUACAUAUUUUCAUGACAGUCGUGUGUUUAUAGCGUAAGGUUUGACAACCACCUGCAGCCAUGAGUGUGCUGGAAGUGAAGUUCAUCGGUGAUGGAGAUGUUUUGGACCACAUUGUGGACAAACAGGAAGUCCCGCAGAGCAACUCCGGAGGUGUCCAGAAAAUGGUUUCAUUUAAAAGCCCAGCCGGACGAGCGAGUAAAGAGGACGGAGCAACGGAUUUGGACGAGAAUGGAUUCAUGGAUGAACAGAACUAUGUCCAAGUUCUGGGAACAGAGGAAGAGGAGGAUGGCUUGUCCAGGGUGGCCGGAUCAUCCAUCUUUACUUUUCAGAAAAGUAGACGGGGUCACAGCAUGGCUCAGACCGCAAGUGAGUUAGCGCGGACUCCGGGGAAGAAUGUGACGUUCAGCACAAACCCAAACAUGGAGCCUCGCACCCCCACUCGCACUGGCCGAAACCACAAAGAUGAAAAUAGAACGCCGCAGAGGGGAAAGAAAGUGCAGUUUGUCUCCACGACGCCACACAGACUUCGGAAGAGGAUGACAACACCAAGCCUUCGGUCAGACAGCGACAGCGAACUGUCACCGUCAGCUUCCGAAGAAGAAGAAGAGGAGGGGGAUGAAAAUGCCAUGGAGGAUGACAAAAAGCUGCAUGAUAAAGAAAACGUGAAAACACCCAAAAAAAGUUCCUCAGCUGCGCUGUAUAAGACGCCUGCUAAGAAAACCAAGAAUGUUCCGGAACCGGUCAGCCAGCCCAGCAUGGUCGAGGAGUACUUCGAGGCUCACGGCAGCUCAAAAGUGCUGACGUCUGACCGCACACUGGAGCGACUCAACACUCCCAAACUGGAUCGAGAGAAGCUGAUCCAGCUGUUGGAAGGGAAACCCUCAUGCUUCUCUAAAGACAUCCAGCUGCUCAACAGCAAGCACAGGAAGCACUUCAACAAGUGGAUGCUGCAGCUGCAAUUGGGGUUCAGUGUCUUGCUCUACGGUUUGGGAAGCAAAAAGUCUCUGCUGGAGGACUUUCGCACAACCCACCUGUCUGAAGAGAUCCACCUCGUCGUCAAUGGAUUCUUCCCUUCCAUCACCCUGAAAUCGAUAUUAAAUUCUCUGACAUCUGAGGCUCUAGAUCAUCAAGGAAGUUUUCGAACACCAUCUGACCAGAUCCAGUUCAUCUCUCAGACCCUGAAGACGAGCCCAGAUAUUCAUAUCUACAUGUUGAUUCAUAACAUUGAUGGGCCUAUGCUGCGAGGGGAGAAGACCCAGAGUGCACUUGGGCAGCUGGCAUCUCUGCCGAACCUUCACCUCGUGGCCAGUAUUGACCACAUAAACGCUCCUUUGGUGUGGGACCAGUUUAAGCAAAGCCAAUUUAACUGGUUGUGGUGGGAGUGCGUCACCUACCAGCACUACGGAGAGGAGACGUCCUAUGAGAACUCUUUGCUUGUGCAACAAACCGGUGCACUGGCGCUUUCCUCGCUAACACAUGUGCUGCGCAGCUUGACGCCGAAUGCAAGAGGGAUUUUCAAACUGCUGGUCAAAUUCCAACUGGAAAACAAAGACAACCCUUCGUACACAGGGUUGUCGUUCCAAGACUUCUACCAGCGCUGUCGAGAGGCCUUUUUGGUGAACUCUGACCUCACACUGAGGACGCAGCUGACCGAGUUUAGAGACCACAAGCUGAUUCGCACACGCAAAGGAGCAGAUGGAGUGGAGUACCUGAUUGUUCCCGUGGAUGCCAACACACUGGUGGACUUCCUGGAGAACGAGGAAGGGGACUGAGAAGAACAAUUUUUUGAAAGAGAGUGAAAGAAGUUUUGUAACUAGAUGGAUGAAUUAAAGUGUACCAAAA